AAAGCAGUUCAAUAACUCAAAAUGGCCCCUCCUGCCCCUGCCGGUGCUGCUACUAUUAUUUAUCUUCGUGCUGUUGGUGGAGAAAGCGCUUCUCCUGCUGCUCUUGCUCCCAAAGUCGGUCCUCUGGGAAUGGCUCCUAAGAAGGUCGGUGAUGAUAUUCAGAAGGCGACAAUGGAUUGGAAGGGUUUGAAGAUCACUGUAAAGCUGACUGUGGUGAACCGUCAGGCCACUGUUGAGGUUGUUCCUAGUGCUUCCUCUCUUAUUAUUCGUGAGCUGAACGAGCCUCCUCGUGAUCGCAAGAAGGAAAAGAACGUGAAGCACAACGGCAACAUUACCCUCGAUCAGGUUAUCAAGGUAGCCAAGGUCCUCCGUGAGCGCUCCUAUGCAAAUAGAUUAGCUGGAACCGUGAAGGAAGUGCUGGGAACAUGCUACUCUGUGGGUUGCACGGUCAAUGGACAGCAUCCGUCUGACAUUAUCGCUGCGAUUGACAACGGUGAGAUCGAAGUGCCUGAGGAAUAAAGUGUGGUUUAAUGGUUGGACAAUGUU